AUGAUUGAUGCUGCUAGUGGUGGUGCAUUAGUAGACAAGACACCAACUCAAGCUAGGAAUUUAAUUGCUAACAUGGCCCAAAACACUCAACAACAUAGCACUAGAAAUGAUGUUAAAAGGGUAAAUGAAAUUGACUUAAGUGGUGUUAAAUCUCAAUUGCAAGAAAAUGCUCAACAAAUUGCUACUUUGACCACUUUAGUGUCUAAAAUUGUUGUUGGAAAUGAGUCUAGAGCUAGAGUAUGUGGAAUAUGUUCUGAGUUUUCUCAUGCCACUGAUGCUUGUCCUACUUUAAAAACUGAAGAUGUUAAUGCCUUAGGAGGUUUUUCCAAUCAAAGAAAAUAUGAUCCUUAUUCACAGACUUAUAAUGAAGGUUGGAAAGAUCACCCAAAUCUUAGGUAUGGAACUAGACCACAGUUUUCACAAACUAAUCAACCUAGGCAAUUUGGUGUACAAAACCCUUCACCCCAAUCUUCUGGCCCAUCAUUAGAAGACUUAGUGAAGCAAUUAACUACUCAAAUAGGUCAAGUACACAACCAUGGAGUCGAGUAUCAAAAGAAAACUGAUAAUCACCUUCACCACAUAGAUACUCAAAUAGGACAAAUUUGUACCUCACUAAGUAACCUAGAAACUCAAUUUUCAGGUAAACUACCAUCUCAGCCACUACCUAACCCAAAAGAGAAUGCCAAAGCCGUGACCCUUAAGAGUGGGAAAGAGUUGAGUGAACCUAAGGUAAAGAGUCGCGAGAUUGAAAGAGAGAUAGAGGUUAAACCUGACGAUGAACUUAAUAUAGGGGGAAAUAGAGAGAUUGAGAGUAGAAAAGACAAUGAAGGAAAGGGUAAACUUAGUUCAGAAAUUGAUGUUUCUCGUUUUAAAGAUGUGCCCCCUUUCCCUUCCCGAUUUGCUAAAGCUAAGAAAGCUGCUCUUGACAAUGAAAUUCUUGAGACUUUUAGGAAAGUUGAAGUCAAUAUUCCUUUACUUGAUGCUAUUAAACAAGUUCCCCGUUAUGCAAAGUUUCUUAAGGAACUUUGUACUAACAAAAGACAAUUUCAUCCUUCUGAAAAGGUAAGUAUGGGAGAGAAUAUUUCAGCUGUAAUUCAAAAGAAGCUUCCCCCUAAAUGUAAAGAUCCUGGCAUGUUUUCUAUUCCUUGCAAAAUUGGUAAUUCUAAAUUUGAAAGAUGCAUGUUAGAUUUAGGAGCUUCGAUUAAUGUGAUGCCCAAAUCUGUCUAUGAUACUUUAAAUGUGGGAUAUUUGUCUAAAACUGAUGUGGUUAUUCAGUUAGCUGAUAGGUCAAAUGCAUUUCCCAUUGGAGUGUUAGAAGAUGUACUGGUUCAAGUAAAUGAAUUAGUUUUUCCGGCUGAUUUUUAUGUUCUUGAUAUGGGUGAUAGAACCGAUAAUGUUCCUUUAUUGUUGGGAAGACCUUUCUUGAAAACUUCUAAGACUAAAAUUGAUGUUCAUCAGGGUAAUUUGACGAUGGAAUUUGAUGGUGAAAUAAUUAAGUUCAAUAUAUUCGAUGCUAUGAGAUACCCAAAUGAUGUCAAUAAUCAAGGACACUGA